AUGAACACCCGGCCAGUUCUUGAUCCGACCCAACAGCCCUUUGCUCUGGCUGCCGCGUUCAACGAGAACAAUACCUUCUUCUCCGUCGCACACGAGCACGGUUUCAAAGUGUUUCGGGCGGCAACAUGCGAAGCAAAGAUAGGUCGAGACCUCAGCGGCGGUCUCGGCUGCGCUGAUAUGGUCGGCACUACAAACUUCAUCAUUCUGGCCGGAGGAGGCAGAUCGCCGCACUUCCCGUCGAACAAGAUACAAAUCUGGAACGACCAGAUACAACAAGUCUCUGGCUCGCUCGAGCUGAAGGCGCCCGUACUUCGCGUUCGCGCCACCAAGGAGUUUCUAGUCGUAGUCCUACCCUACCAAGUGGUCGCAUACAGAAUGGGAAACCCUGCGCAGAAAAUCCAUACGUACGAGACAGCGGAAAACCCAUUUGGGCUGUGCUCCUUCGAGAAGAAUAUCGUGGCAAUGCCUGGCGCACAAGCCGGCCAGGUCCGGCUUGUCAGGCUUGUCGAUGGCAACCUUAACCCGCGUGUUACUCUCAUUAAUGCGCACACCGGCCAUCUGCGCGCCGUCGCUCUGAACAAGACGGCUGACAAGGUGGCCACCGCGAGCGAGAAAGGCACUAUCAUCCGGCUGUACGCUGUAGAAUCCGGCACAAAGCUCGGCGAGUUUCGUCGUGGGAUAGAUGAAGCUGCCGUUUUCUCAAUCGCUUUCUCGCCGUGCGACAGUAUGCUUGCUGUAACGUCUGACAAGUCCACCGUUCACGUCUUCGAUCUUCCAAACGGCGUUCAGACCAAGACGGAUAUCGAUCCCAAGAAACACAAAUACGGCAUCUUUUCGAAGAUUCCGUUUCUCCCUGGUCCGUUAUCCGACACCUACUCCAGCGCCUCAACCCGCUUCGAGAUGGGGGAUGAAAUGGGCGGUUGGAGCUCACAAUCAAAGGCUGCCACAAAGGAGGUCCUCAGCAAGUUUUCCCCGGAACGUGUCCCCACGAAGGGCCUCCUUGGGUGGAUAUCCAACAAUGAGUUCCUGAUCAUUGGUGCUGGGCAGGAUGCGCGAUGGGAGAAAUUCGAGGUGGCUGUCGACGAGUCAAACAACAAAUACAUUCAACGCAAAGCCUGGAAGCGCUACCUGGUCUAA